AUGGAUACUGGAGAAUAUGAAACUAACACACUGUUGAUUAAUAAUGUCUCGUCGAUCGCUUAUCGUCUGUACGAACCGGUCCCCAGCCUGUCGCAAAACUUCGCUUCGACUGCUCUCGACAUCGAAAACUCGCUAAGGGAAAAGGGCCACGUCGUUUUAUACGAUGCGACGAAAAGGGGGCUGUGGCACUUUCAGUUUCUUCCCAAGGAUGCGAGGUUGGAUGAUUUGGGCGACGGCCUCGAGCUGCCGCCCGAUGUGACCGGACAAGGCCUGGCUGUAAAAGAGCAUGGUGUCAUAGAGCCUCCGAUAAUACAAAAGCCUCGUUCCCAAGCGCCCCAGUCCAGCAUCACUCCCACGAGCCUCUUGUCGACGUCCUCCAUUCUAGAGCAGGCCCACCGUCCAGCCCUCUCGUCGCCACUGCAAACCACCGCGCCCGCCUUGCAAGACCAGGACCCGAAGGCCGAGACCAAGCCCAAAGCGACAACAGCUCAGAGGACGCUCUACGAAAAGUUCAUUGCGUCCGUUUUGUCGACGUUAUCUACCACGUUUUGUCGCCGAACCGGGGCUAUACCUCUCAACUACCGAACCGUUCUGCUCUCUCCAACGACAUACAAUGCGCUGCCGCACGCAGUUGCCGUGGGCAGGCCACAGAUACUGGGUACCUUCAGAGUGUACUUGACGACAACGGGAGCAAUGAUGAUUGGCCUGGCUCUAACAAAAUGCCGGGGGAUCUUGUCACUGGACGAUGCUGUUCCCUCGGGUCUAGCUCCUCCGGGCUAUUCUGUUCUUGCGGCCCCUUUUGGCAUCAUGACCGCUGCCCAGAGUUUUCUCCCCGGUGGUGACGGCUCGAUGAGCUUGGCACAGACACCGAUGACGCAGUUUUUCAACUUCCGCGGCGGAGUCGAUGGACAAGAGUCGGUAUGGAAACAAGCCUGCCUGCGGUUCUUGAAUUUCCGGGGUAUAGCUGCCUCAACGCUGAGUGGCUGCCUCUGGGUGAAUCUCUCAGUCCCCAAGCCAAAGAACCCAGACAGCAGAGGCGAUCACCGAUUUUCAAGCGCACACUCUUCAUUCACGCUGCCAUGGCCCAGGCGUCUGUGUUUCCGCAAAAAGAAUGUCGACGUAUCCUCGACCAGCCGUGUGGUGGACACUGUGUUGAGCGGCCAUGAGGAGAGUCACGAUCCUCUGGGCAAUACUAAGGGAUGGUAUACGUCCCUUACGGAAAGGGAAGAGAGGGCGAAACGGGCUAUGGAGCGGGCAGCCAAUAUCCUCAAGGAGCAGAAUCAAAACACGGAGUCAAAGACGCCCAGGCCGAGUGGCUUGUCGCCUGCAGCUCUACAGCGUCCCAAUACGGCAACAGCUGGCAUCAUGUAUCCAACGCCGCCAGACGGGGUUCACCAGCUGAAUGGCGUAACUCCGUCCAUCGAUGGCACGCUUUCCAGCCCCGGAAACCCGUUAUCGGCACCAGUUGCUGCAGAAACUGAUACUAUCGUGCAGGGCGAGCCACCUGGUGGCGACAGCCUCGACCAGCCCCUGGAGUUCGCAGAGUCUAAACGACAGCGGAGCGACAGUAAUCUCCUUGGCGACACUGCGCCACUUGCCCCGGUGCCAAUGCCCGCUUCUCUGCCGCAUCACCCUCCCGUCCCUCUCCCAUCUACAACUGCGGCUCAGGCUGCUACUUCUGCGCUUGCGCCAAUUCCUUCACUCCCACCACCGCCACAUACCGCGCUCCCUCCCCCUCCGCCGCCUCCCUCUCAAGACAGAGUAGUCUUUGCCAAACCAGAGCUGAAGCAUGCCAGAAGCCAGAAUGAAGAUCAAGCCCGUCGCAACCGAGGGGAUAUCCGGGUAACGCCUGCGAAACGCGAGUCCAGCCCCUUUGAUCCUCAUGCGGUGUUUAAGCGCGUGAAGGCGUCCCUCAAGAUACAGAAACACGAUGCUAAGGGUUCCUCUCAGCCUACGGGGAGGAAGGCUAAGAUCUUUGAGAGCCUCGACUUCGACCCAGCGUUGCCCCUGAUCAAUAAGAAGUACGAGCAAGGAGGCUUUUUCGACCCGAGCGCACUCUCAAAGGUGGAAAAGAUGGAGAAGCCGAACUUGGAUCUGCGGGCUGUGCCUGAAACUGACUAUCUGAAGCGGCAUGGAAAACUCAACAGGAAGCAACGGGAGCGACCAGGCACUCGAAGUGCCAUGAGCAAGCCAUACUCUGCACUGGAGCUGCAAGGUUCGACGGGUAGCCCAAUGAAACUGGAUGGAUCAAUAUCCGAAGGCGAGGAGAGCAGCGUCGAAUCGGACCAGGAUGACUCCAGCUACACAUCGGACGAGCCCGGUUCACCGCAUAAGGCCAGUAUCAGGUUGAUCAACGGGGACGACGAUAUCCUCUCUCAGAUCACCUCACUGAGAGAUGGUGACAUCGAAGAGCCCGACCACCAGCUCGCAAUGGAGUUGCCACGGCUCUCCAAGUCUGACAUGUCCGGAGCACCGCUCUCUUUAUUGUUCUCGGAUCCGGAACCCCUGAUGCUGGACAUGGCCCUGAAUGACGAUGAUAUGAUCCAGAUUGCGCAGAUUGUGACGGAGCAAGCAGCAACAGGUGGACUGGACAUUUUCAGAGCGUCGGAUUUUGAGCCACCUACCCUCUCAGCCAGCCAGAAGCGUCAAGAGCUAUCAACAUAUGGCCGAGACGCCUUUCAUACACUGGAAGAGGUCGUUGGACAAUUCUUUGGAGACGCGAUGCCCAUGCGUCUGAAAGGCUUGCUGGAUCUCCAGGACAUGCCGCUUUUGAGUCAGUUCCAACCACGGCAGAUACCCGGCCGAGAAGGAAAUCCCGAGGCCAUGCGGCCAAGCAACCUGUAUCAGAUCCCGAGCCCGCAUUUGGAGGUGCAAAGAGCAGACACGAAACUGUCCGUCCUGCCCUCUGCGGUUUCCUUUUGGGAGAGCUUGGGUCUCUCCCCAUCUUCCGGCAGCAAGAACAUCAACGCGAUUUGUGUCUUUCCCGGAUGGCCUGGAAUGAGAGACAACGUCCAGACCUUUCUGGACCGCAUCAAGAGCGUUUACGAGUUUUUGAAACUGGGCUCUUUCGAUGUCAUGCCUCUCGGUGCGGAUAUGGAACCAGGGCUUCUGCCGUACGAGGUUGAUCGGAUAACCACUUCUCCAGAUGCCACCGUGACGGGACAUGGUUCGGCCAUGAUUGAAAGCCUGGAAACGCUGCGCGGGUUGUUCACCAACCUCUCCAUUACCGAGACGAACUUUGUCAUAUACUUUGUCUACUCGCCGGACAACCCCGGAACCAUUAUCGAGUCUUGCACGGCUUUCCAGAGAUUUUUCGAAACCUAUCAAAAGAUUCUAGCAACCCGCAAGGAGCCUCCUCAGAAUGAGCUCGUUUUGCAGCUAGUAUCGGCUGAUCUGCUCUCUUCGCCCACGGCCUUGGUUGUCACACCGACCUCGGACCUCGUCAGACUCUGCAUCGAGACGUACGAUCGCUGCACUCUCUUCGGAGGUCCAAUGCCGGCCCCAGCGAUUAGGCUCGAGCAGCUCCUACCGCGCAUCAUUGAUUUCAAGCUGACCACGAACCCUUCAGCGUCGCUCAUUCGCGAGAACUCGUGCAUUCAUGUAGCAUAUGCUCAAAGCGUCGACGAGCGAUGGAUUACGGCGGCGUGGACAGACGACAGAGGGAACCAGCAAGCAACGGCUUCCUACUGCUUGGCAAGGAAGGGCAAGCCACCGUCUCGUAACAUGAACGACAUUGCCCAUGAAAUAUGGGAGACUACGCUCGAACUGAUAUCCGCCUGGAAGGUUCUUUGGAGGGUCAUCAUCACCAAAUGUGGGCCGAUGCCACAGCACGAGAUGGACUUUUGGGUUGACCUUGCCCGCACCGAGAUCAACGCCAAAGUCACGGUCGCCUUGCUUACCGUCGAUACGAAUCCGUCGCUCCAGCUUCUGCCGCCUGUGGUGAGGCUUCCACCACCCUCGGCCGCUCUCCAUACGCCCGUCUCUACGCCGCAGGCGAAUGUUCUCUCCCCCGAGCAGAUCAACACUCCCGCGACCCCCGCAGCCAACGUGACGGCGGCUACACCUUCUGGCGAUGGCAGCGCCUCCAAUGCCAACACUGCCGAAGCGGAUUCGGACGCCAUCUUGGUCGACGUAACCGAUCAGACGUGGGGGGCGAUUGCAGGCCACCGGCUCAGCAAUUCUACAAGCAUUCUGGAAGUGCAGCCCGCACUGAUCAGUGGCUAUCUGAUCAAGCGGACAGGAAUCAGAGUAGAAGAUGCCCCUGUCGCGAUGGAGGUCAACUUGGUCUACACAGAAGCAAUGCCACGCGUGCACGAGCCCCUCUUUCGAGAGAUGUUGGGCUAUUUCAGAGGGCUGGGUACUCUGGCUCGGGCCCGCGGAGUGGUGGAUAGGGAGGCCGACGUGCGGCCCUGGCAUGUUGCGGCUGCCGAGAAGGCUGCGCGUGCGUUGUAUCUGUUGAUGUGACGGACU